UAGAGUGGCGGGGUGGGGGUGGGAGGGGAGAGGUGAGGGAUGAAACAGAAUAUCAAAUCCAGAAAGAUGGAUUGGAUUCACAUAUGGAGAGAGACUUAGUACGCAGCAAAAUUGGACAUUUCAAAUCAAUUUGAUCUUAGAACAUUUUGAAUAACCAUGGCAGAACUGAUGGAGUCAGGUGUCUGAGUUCAAAGAGAAAAAUGAGAAAAUGCAAACCGAAAGACUACAUAAAAGUGGUUACUGCAAACAAAGUGAAUAAGAAAUAGUAGAAUAUAGUAGAUUCAACGUAAAGAAUUAUCCCCUUUCCCCAAAUGAGCCGAUGUUGAAAUUCAGGAUGAAAACCUUUAAUCAAGGUUGCAGUGCCCUGUUUUUCGACAAUAACCAUUCUAAUUUUCUCCAUUCUCUCUUCUUUGUUCUUUAUUUCCCCAUUUGAUAUGCUAUUACUUUUACUCGUGUGGUCUGUUUCCAUUUACUUAAGAGUAAAGAGAGGGAAAUUUUGUGAGUUUUUUUCUUCUCUGUCUCCUUGAAUGGCUUUUCCUUAUUUGCUUCAACUUCUAAGGCAGGUACUAACUACCGUUUUCUUGGUCUCCGAUACUACGGAACGUUUCCACUCCGGUCAGGGGGUUCAAUACUUGCUGUUUGGUCUCCGUGUCUGAACAGUGAUAAUGACCUUCCCGUUUUGCAGGUACUGGUUGGCUGUAGUCACAAAGGUGGUAGAGCCCGGUGGGGGAUCCCUCGCUGAUCUUAUUGUCACAAUGCUUAGCACAGAAAGAAAACCACAUUCCCACGAACAGGCUUAGGGGGUCGCACUCGGAGCGCAGAGCGGCCACACGGAAACAGACAGCGUCACAUCACAGAGGCACACCCGAGGUUCAGCAGGCGGCGCUUUCCAGACCUCGUAACUAGGGACGCUUCGGGUCUCCAGGCGAGGGGACGGCGAAUGCGCAUUCUACGCGCCUGCGCAAACUGGAACCAGCCCCGCCACGCCCCUCGAGCGAAAUCUUGUGCGUACACAGGCUCUCGCGCUCCGACGCUAAGGUUCCGCCUCCCUUUCUCCGCAGCCUAAGAACACGCCCCUCUCCUCUAAACCACGCCCUCUAUCCCGUCCCCACACCGACUCCUCCCUUACCCCGCCCACCUGAGGCUAUUCAAUGCCUGCGCACUCGGCUCCCGGGCGUCGGCUCCCGAAGUCCUUCGGCCUUACCUCCUAAGACACUUCUGUUCUCCAAGAAAGAAGCCAGGAAAAGAAGGCAAGAAUGACUGUUGAACUAGUGAAAGUCAUACCCCAGGACUUGGUGACAUUCAAGGAUGUGGCAGUAGACUUUUCCCAGGAGGAAUGGAAAUGGCUGAACCCUGCUCAGAGGAAUUUAUAUAGGAGUAUGAUGUUGGAGAACUAUCAGAGCCUGGUGUCACUGGGACUUUGUAUCUCUAAGCCAUAUGUCAUCUCCUUACUGGAGCAAGGGAAAGAGCCUUGGGUGAUGAAGAGUGAGAGGACAAGUAGCCCAUUCCCAGAUUGGGAAUCUAUAUAUGAGACCCAAGAAUUACCUCUGAAGCAGUUUGUGUGUGAUGAUGUGUUAAUGGAGAGAAUUACAACCUGUGGACUUAAGUGUUCCACUUUUGGAGAAAAUUGGAAAUAUGAAGAUCUUUUUGAGAGGCAGUUGUUAAGCCAAGAGACAUUUACCAGGCAAGAAACAGUCACUCUUAAAGAAAACCUUACUGUGAAAAUAGACCCUAAAUAUAACAAAUCUGGGAAACUUAUCCCUCUAGACAAUGUAGAAGAGAAUGUUUUUAAUCACAAGUCAGAUAAAAAAAGCUUUUCCAAAAAUUCCGUGGUAAUAAAACACAAGAAAGUCUAUGCAGGUAAGAAACUUUUUAAAUGUGAUGAAUGUGAGAAAACCUUCACCCAGAGCUCAUCCCUUACUGUUCAUCAGAGAAUUCAUACUGGAGAGAAACCAUAUGAGUGUAAAGAAUGUGGGAAAGCCUUCAACCAGAGUCAACACCUUGCCCAACACUACAGAAUACAUACUGGAGAGAAACUCUUUGAAUGUAAGGAAUGUAGGAAAGCCUUCAGCCAAAAUGUACACCUUAUUCAACAUCAAAGAAUUCAUACUGGAGAAAAACCAUAUAAAUGUAAGGAGUGUAGAAAAGCCUUCAGCCAGCCUGCACACCUUGCCCAGCAUCAGAGAAUUCAUACUGGGGAGAAGCCUUAUAAAUGUAAUGAAUGUGGAAAGGCCUUCGGUGAUGGCUCAUCCUUUACGCGGCAUCAGAGAUGUCACACUGACAAAAGACCCUAUGAAUGUAUUGAGUGUGGGAAAGCCUUCAGGCAGAACACAUCCCUUAUUCGACACUGGAGGUAUUCCCACACUGGGGAGAAACCUUUUGAUUGCAUCGACUGUGGGAAGGCCUUCAGUGAUCACAUCGGACUUAAUCAACAUAGAAGAAUUCAUACUGGAGAGAAACCCUACAAAUGUAAUGUGUGUGGGAAGAGCUUCAGCUAUGGCUCGUCCCUGACUGUCCAUCAGAGAAUCCACACAGGAGAGAAACCAUAUGAGUGUGAUGUCUGUGGGAAGGCCUUCAGUCAUCAGGCUUCACUUACUCAGCAUCAAAGGGUGCAUUCUGGAGAGAAGCCUUAUGAAUGCAGGGAAUGUGGGAAAGCCUUUAGGCAGAGCAUACACCUUGCUAGCCACCUGAGAAUUCAUACUGGCGAAAAACCCUUUGAAUGUAAGGAAUGUGGAAAAGCUUUUAGCAUCAGUUCACAGCUGGCUACCCAUCAGAGAAUUCAUACUGGAGAGAAACCUUACACAUGUAAAGAAUGUGGGAAAGCUUUCAACCAGAGGGCACACCUUGCACAACAUCACAAAAUCCAUACUGGAGAGAAACCUUAUGAAUGUACCGAAUGUGGUAAAGCCUUUAGCCAGACUACCCGCCUUAUUCAGCACCAGAGAGUUCACACUGGAGAGAAGCCCUUUAAAUGUACUGAAUGUGAGAAGGCCUUUAUUGAUAAUUCAUCCCUUGUUAGGCAUCAGAGACUUCAUACUGGCCAAAGGCCCUAUGAAUGUGUUGAGUGUGAGAAGGCAUUCAGAACAAAAUCAUCCCUCGUUUGUCAUCAAAGAUGUCACAUGGGGGAGAAACCUUAUGAAUGUAGUACAUGCGGUAAAGCCUUCGGCCAUCGGCAAUCCUUUAUCGUUCAUCAGAGAAUUCAUUCUGGAGAAAAACCAUAUGAAUGUAAGGAAUGUGGGAAAACCUUCAGGCAGAUGGCACACCUUAAUCUCCAUAGAAGAAUCCACACUAGAGAGAGAAUGUAUGAAUGUUAGGAAUGUAGAAAAGUCUUCAGACAAAAUGCACACCUCGUUCACCAUCAGAAGAUUCAUGCUGCAGAGACAUCUCAGGCCCCUAGCCCUUUCUUACCCUCUGCAUCACCAAGUCCUUUGGAUAUGUCUGCUAAUUAUUUUUGGAAUUCCACAUCUUUCAGUUCUCAUUGGUCUACUCCAAUUGUCUAAAAACUGGUCUCCUUGCAUCAUUUUUGUCCCCUUUAAGUUCAUUCAUCAUACUGUUUUCACAGUGGUUUUUUCAAAAUGUAAAUGUAACGAUAUGACUCUCUUAAAUUUUUUGCUGUGAAUUUUUAAAUUACUUGAUUCAUAUAAAGUGCUCAGCCUAGUGCCUGAUUCAGACUAAGUGCUCCAUAAACAUUAGCUCAGUAUCCUUCAGAGUUCUGCUUGAAAAUUAUUUUUAAAUAGUGAACUCUGGAAGGCAGUAUAUGCACUAAGAGAUCAUAACAAUUUUGGAACUGAAGCUUAAUGUGGAUGAUGAGGAUUCGUGUUGGAGUAUGUGUAAAGCUUGAUAUCACAAAAUAACACUCUGUUCCUUUGCUAGUAAGGAAAUUCAGUGUGACCCAAGAUAUAGAAUAUGUUUUAGGAAGUGCCUAGGGCUCCAGACAAGAUUGGAACAUAAGGAUUAGAAUUUGCUGCAAAGAGGAGUUCCCGUCGUGGCACAGUGGUUAACGAAUCCGACUAGGAACCAUGAGGUUGCGGGUUCGGUCCCUGCCCUUGCUCAGUGGGUUAACGAUCCGGCGUUGCCGUGAGCUGUGGUGUAGGUUGCAGACGCGGCUCGGAUCCCGCGUUGCUGUGGCUCUGGCGUAGGCCGGUGGCUACAGCUCCGAUUUGACCCCUAGCCUGGGAACCUCCAUAUGCCGUGGGAGCAGCCCAAGAUAUAGCAA